AAUGGUAGAAUAUGUGUGUUGGCACUUUGUUUAUGAAGCAGUCUUCAUCUGAUCAUGAUGAUGUCUCUUCUGGUGUGAUGAUCAUGGACUGUCAAUAAAGAGGUGAUGAUGUGUCCAUCAGGACCGUAGCAUCCGGGGGUGGGUCCACAGUGGAGUGGGCGUGUCUGCGCUUGCUACCAGGAAAACGCUGGAGGAGAACCGGACACACACACACACACUGCAGAGGAGCGAGCGGGACACCAGGAGGAACAUGUCCGCCUCCUCACGCACCGAGGGACGGUCACACCACCGGAGCAGCGCGGUCAAAGCUCGCCCUCCUCCUCUGCUGUAGCUGAGCAGACACACACCGCCUGGUUCCACACUUAUGUUCUGAAGGCUUCUCUGCUGCUGCUGGUCCUUCCUCCUCCUCCUCUUCCUCCUUCCUCCUCCUCCUCCUCCUCCUCCUCCUGCUGCUGCUGCUGUUCACCGUCCCGUCGCCAGGAUGGACAAGUCUCUCUGCAGUCCGCAUCACGGGACCAACAAAACAAACUCUCCCUCCACGGACCGGGGGAGCUCAGCGAGGAAGCCCGGCGGCCGGACCGGGACGCACAGCCCCGGCUCCAGCUCCGGCUCCGGCUCCGGCUCUGGCUCCGGCUCCGGCUCUGGCUCCCUGGGCGGCCCGGCCGGAGCAGGAGGCAGCCGGGAAACGGUGCUGGGGAACAGUAUGAAUGUGCAGCAGAGGAGGAGGCAGCUGGAGGGAGUGUUGAGCAAAUACACCAACCUGAUCCAAGGCUGGCAGAACAGGUACUUUGUGUUGGAUCCAGAGUUGGGACAACUGCAGUAUUUCGUCAACGAGCAGGGGAAAAGCCAGAAGCCCCGUGGGUCCCUGCCCCUGAUCGGUGCCUCCGUAUCCCAGAGCGACGAGGCUCCGCACAUGUUCGUUGUGAACUCCGUCAAUGGAGAGCUGUACAAGCUCAGAGCUUCUGAUGCCAAAGAACAGCAGUUUUGGAUCAGUCAGCUCCAAGCAUGUGCACGACGUCACUCCGACAGCAGUGCCAAGGUGAGGAAACUGAAGGGCUCAGAUGAGCACCUGAGUGUGGAAAGAGCAGGAGGAGGCCAGGAGGUGCUGGGCUACUCGUCCUCCGGUCGGACCCGUAGCUUCUCCCUGCUCCCCCACCUCACCCCAUCCUCAUCGCCGGGUUCCCAGAGGCACCUGGGCCACACGGCCGCACCCGGCACCAUCGUCUCCAUCACCCACCACAAAUCUCCGGCUGCGGCUCGACGGGCCAAGAGUCAGUACCAGGGUCGGCUGCUGGAGGUCAAAGAGGUGAUGUCCCAAGCCGAGGGCCAACAGAAGAACCUGGUCCAGUCCAUUGACUCUCUACCCACCAAAGGCCCCCUCUCCUGCCUGGACCAGGACCUGCUCCUCCUCAAGGCCACAUCUGCCGCCACACUUAGCUGCCUGGGAGAGUGCCUGAACAUCCUCCAACAGACCCAGAGCCACAGCCAGGCGCCACCUCAGUCUCAGGCCUCCCAGCGCAACCACGCCUCCCACGGAGCCCCCUCCGAUGGUGUUCCUGUGUGGACUGUACCAAAGUCGCCCUCAGGGGAGCAGCUGAAGAACGGAGGUCUGACCCCUCUGCGAUCAGCCGAGCCCUCGCCGGCCCUCAGGAUAAGGAGUCUGUCCCAUGGUGCUGAGCACCCCCCAGGGCUGGAAGACAUCAGCCCCAGUGAAGAGGCAACAGACACGGAGGACAACGACGAGGAGGACCUCGGCGUCCUGGACGACCAGCGGAGCAUCAUCCUCCACCUGCUCUCUCAGCUCAAACUGGGCAUGGACCUCACUCGGGUGGUGUUGCCCACCUUCAUUCUGGAAAAGCGGUCGCUGCUGGAGAUGUACGCCAACUUCAUGGCCCACCCUGACAUGUUCCUGUCAAUCACAGCCGGGGCCACAGCAGAAGACCGCAUCAUCCGCUUCGUGGAGUACUACCUGACCGCCUUCCACGAGGGGCGUAAGGGGGCCGUGGCCAAGAAGCCCUACAACCCUGUGCUGGGGGAGACCUUUCACUGUUCCUGGGAAGUCCCGCGGGACAAAGUCAAACCUUCGGUCAGAUCGAACCAGGGGUCGACCAGGGAGCCGAGCAGGGGCCCCAACAACGCUCAGCAGGGCGACGACUCGCCGGGAGGCUGCUACAGAGUCCGAUUUGUGGCCGAGCAGGUGUCCCAUCAUCCACCGGUGUCUGGGUUUUACUGCGAGUGUCAGGAGAGGCAGAUGUGCGUCAACGCACAUGUUUGGACCAAGAGCAAGUUCAUGGGGAUGUCGAUAGGAGUGUCCAUGGUGGGAGAAGGAGUCCUUUGUCUGCUGGAGCACGACGAGGAGUACGUCUUCACGCUGCCCUGCGCCUACGCCCGCUCCAUCCUCACCGUGCCCUGGGUGGAGCUGGGGGGCAAAGUCUCCAUCAGCUGCGUCAAGAGCGGCUACUCGGCCACCGUCACCUUCCACACCAAGCCUUUCUACGGAGGGAAGGUUCACAGAGUGACGGCGGAGGUCAAACACAACCCGACCAACACCAUCGUGUGCAAAGCGCAGGGCGAGUGGAACGGCACGCUGGAGUUCACGUACAGCAGUGGGGAAACCAAAGUGAUCGACACGGCCAAACUCCCCGUCACCAGGAAGAAGCUGCGGCCGGUGGAACAACAGAGGAGGACGGAAUCCAGGUUGUUAUGGCAACACGUCACCAAAUCGCUGAAGGAAGGAAACAUCGACGAGGCCACGGAGCACAAACACAGACUGGAGGAGCGGCAGAGGGGAGAGGAGAGGAAGAGAGCGGCCGACAACAAACCGUGGACGCCCAAGUACUUCACUAAAGAGGGAGACGGUUGGCUCUACAACAACCCACUGUGGAAGUCGACCUGACACCAGAGCAACUCUCUCCCCUCAACAACCGAGACCCUGCCUCCCCACACCGAGGACGGAGGUCAGGAGGUCGGACGCAGGGAGCAGCGCCUCCCGCAGGCCUCUGGACCUGAGACCUACAGACUCUCAGAGCGACACCACGGAGACACAAUCAUCAAACAAGCAAGGUGCCAAAGGGAUCUCCACUGUUAGAACCGAGACGGGGGUCCAGAGCUCUUGGGACAGAAGUACAUUUUUCUAUACAGUUAAGAGUAUUACUAUUCAAAGUAGAGUAUUUCUAUUUUUCACCUUGCCAAGGCCUUUUUUGCACAUGCACAGUUAUGACGUUUGCCACUGGUGUUUUAUGAUCAAUCUGUUUUUUCUCAGACAUCGUUGACAUUUGGUCCAGAGCUUUUAGUUUGUCAUGCAGCGUUAGUGGAUGGACGUUCCCUGUAACACAUAAUACUGUAGCUGUGUGUAAGUACGUAAGUGUAAUGAGUUGUUUAUAAGAAGCACUUUUAUCAUAGAAAUAAAUUUACUAUUUUAUAUCAGUGGCUUUUACCAAUCAGGGUAAAUCAGGAGCUUUAUGGAAAAUACCUGAUCGGAUAGAAACCGAGUGUGUGCUACAUUAGAUUCUGUGUUAAAAUAUAUUAUUAUUCAGUACAUGACAGUGAGCUACUAGAAAGUAAAAGGUCCUGAUUGUUUCGUCUGCACUAUGAAUGUAUCUGGACACAUUUGAAUCCAACGUUAAUUUCCCAUCUCGUCCUGCGCACGACUUCACCACACGCUCUUUGUUUUUCCCUGUUGUAUUUCACCCACUGAGUGAGACGCCUCCACAUUCCAUUACUACCUCUCGCACUCAGCUUCCAGACACUUAAUCCUCCACCAGGAAAACACAGGUUUGUUUUCCUGGUGGCUUUGAAUGACCUCAGCAGAAGAAGAUAGUUUUCAAGAUUACACAAAACCUACAGGACUGAUUGAAACCAGUCCCCUGAACCCCGUUUUUUUGAUUACCCUUCUUCCAUUACCAGUAGAGUUUACCUUUCUGUUUGUGUCCCGUAAACUGUGUCUACUGUCGAAUGCUACGAAAGCCUGACGUUAGUGGGUUUUUCCACCAGUGCAAAAGGAGGAAAAUAUUCCUGGAUCCGCUGCAGAUUUAGAUAAAAUCUUCCCUGACCCACACGUCAUCCUUCUCCAAAGUUUCAUGGUAAUCUGCUCUGUAGUUUUUGUGUAAUCUCGCUCACAAUCAAAACAACCAACAAGCAAACAUGACCUCCUUGACCGAGGCGAUCAAGCAGCCGCUGCACGUCCAGCUCAGCGCUUCCCCCCCUCGUGAAUAUGGAUGAGGGUUUGCAGGAGAGCGGCCAUGUUCUCGCUGGAAGGUUGGUUCUGGGAAGAUAAUCGGCCCGUUGGAUAGAAGAGGAGACGCAGUGGGUCAGACGACUGUAAAACCAAAUCCAAUGAAUCAUGUUUUUAUGGCCUUUUUAACAUUUUUAUUUUGUCCUGACUUUCACACUAACGCUUCACUGCUUCUUCCUUCAGUUUAGUUUUCAGUCGUAUUGUAGUGUUGAUAUUUUUAGCCAGGUGAAUUUACCAGAUGCCAGUUUGUAGCCUCAGCCGUGACAGCACACGGCCGAUUCCAUCACACCGCGGGACAGAAUAAGACCCGUCUCCGCUGUUCCACCCUGUUCUCCGACACUCGCCUUACGUGAAACUGUCAACAAGGAGUUUUCUAUAUUCCAGAGGAUCCGGACUCACCUGAGUAGACAGUGAUUGUGGAUAAAUGAAGGAAAUGUCCAUUAAUAAAGACCUUGUACCUUUUUAAAA